AUGGGGUCAACAGGCUCAUAUCCAGCCCUGGAGGACCUGCAUUUCCCAUCAGCACAAACAUCCAUCUCGCAGACCCUAUCAUCUCUGCGGCGAUCCGCUCUAUCCAUUACCAACCGGCUCCAGUCCAUUGAGGCGGAUGCUGCAUUUGUACAGGAGGUAGCUGAGCAAUACAACCUCCCGCUAAUCGCAAAUGAACGUUGUGGAAGUUGGUAUAUAUCCCCUGAUGCCAAGAAGGGGAGUGCCUAUUUCAAGAGCACGGAUGGCCAUACGGGGCAAUGGGAUUUUAGCUUUCGUAGGCUGAACCUGCAACUUCUUCCGUUGGCAAACGAGUAUGGAGGGCAUUCGGGUGCCUUUAUCCUGCCUUACGGUGAAAGCCCGCUGACGAUCCCAGUGAUGCCCGACGCCUUAUCCAAGACUAUCCCUAUCUGGAGUGCCGUGCUGAACCGCGCCUUAUUCCCCACGGAAACCGCAUACCAUGCUGUCCAAUUGCCGCCCAACUACCUCGGUAAAUCAGAGGAAUCGCAGAUCGAGAACCGUAUCGAUGGCUUCGUCCAUUCUCUCAAGUCCCUUAAGCUGGAUCUAGAUCAGCUGCGGCAGCAACUCGGAAAGCCUAUUCAAGUGGCUUGGGCUAACCCGGAGUACUUCUAUCCGACGGAUCUGCAAAGAGAUGACGCCUCGUGUCUUUUCGUUCUGUGCUCCGCCUCAAAGCGUGUUCAUGGAGCUGAGAUGUCCGAGGGGGGAUACAUCCAAGGCGCGGGCGAUGACAGCGAGGGCUGGGCGCAUGGGCUGACGCCUCCCGUGUUCUGGGCGAACCAGGUUGCGCUGAAGCAAACCUCCGAGGAGGAUCUGCCAGACCUGAUUGCGAAAUUGAUCGCUGAGUAUCGGCAGCAGCGUGGUGAACAGGAAGCGACGCUCAUCUCUCCGACUACGAAUCUCUACAUCAACCCGACGAAUCCUAGUGUGAGUGGUGGUAAGUAUGACCUUGUCAUUGACUGCAAUGGGGAUCCAGCUGCCGUGGGAGAGAACUCGAAGCGUCUUAACCUAGGUUGCGCGUCGGCCAAGUUGGGGAGCCGGGAUUUACGAAAAUCAUUGGAUAAAGUGCGAGAUUUCGUCAAUACACAACUUGGAUCAAAUCCUUCGCAGUCAAUGUUGGUAACUUGUGACACAGGCAAAGACCUGUCGGCUGGAACACUAUUGGCGAUUGUGUGCCAAUUUUACAAUGAUAACGGGGAAUUUGAUGCGUCGCUAAGCAAGCGCUCGAUCAGCAAAACUUUCAUCCGACAGCGUCUUGCAUGGAUUGUGUCAUCGAAACAUGACGUGAACCCGUCUCGCUCGACAUUGCAGUCGGUGAAUGCCUUCUUGAUGCAGCCUCCGGAUUAUUGA